AAUCAGCUGAACCGACAAAAAAAAUUGAGGUUAUGAAAUCGCAACAAGACAAGAGAGAUUAAUUAUUAAAAACGUCCCAUAAAAAAGAAAUCGCAAUGUUUCGACCUAUUAAAAUAAUUCCUUCAGUGCAUCGAAGCAUCAUCUAUUCUUUUAUAAAUAAACUUUCAACAGAAAAUAAAUUCGAUUCUGGAGAGAAGCUGUUUGAAGGUAGACCUCUUUACCUAGAUGCUCAAGCAACCACACCUUUGGAUCCCAGAGUUUUAGAUGCAAUGUUACCAUAUUUAACUUCAUUUUAUGGUAAUCCUCACUCUAGAACCCAUGCAUAUGGUUGGGAAACUGAAAAAGCAGUAGAAGUUGCAAGAGAACAGGUUGCAAGAUUAAUUGGAGCAGACCCUAAAGAGAUAAUAUUUACAUCAGGAGCUACAGAAAGUAAUAAUAUUGCCGUGAAGGGAGUUGCUAGAUUUUAUAGCACAAAGAAAAAACAUAUCAUCACAACACAAACUGAGCAUAAAUGUGUGCUAGACUCCUGCAGAGCACUUGAGGGAGAAGGAUUCAGGGUAACAUAUAUGCCAGUAGAUAAAAAUGGUUUAAUUUCUUUAGAAGAAUUGGAUAAAGCAAUAACUCCCGAAACAUCCAUAGUAUCAGUUAUGACAGUUAAUAAUGAAAUAGGUGUUAAACAACCUAUUUCAGAAAUAGGAAGAAUGUGUAAGGAGAGAAAGGUAUUUUUCCAUACAGAUGCUGCUCAAGCUAUUGGUAAAAUUUCAUUAGAUGUUAAUAAAAUGAAUAUUGAUUUAAUGUCGAUAAGCGGGCACAAGGUUUAUGGACCAAAAGGAAUUGGUGCCCUAUAUGUGAGGAGACGUCCUAGGGUACGUGUAGAACCUAUCCAGAGUGGUGGUGGACAAGAAAGAGGCUUGAGAAGUGGAACUUUACCAACUCCAUUAGUAGUUGGUUUAGGAGAAGCUUGUUCUAUUGCAGAGAAGGAAAUGGAUUAUGAUCAUGCAUUGAUGGAAAAAUUGAGCAAAAGACUAAUAGGCCAAAUCAAUUCAUCACUAACUCACGUUGUGAGGAAUGGUGAUCCAGAAAAUAGUUACCCUGGGUGCAUCAAUUUAUCAUUUGCUUUUGUGGAAGGGGAAUCUUUAUUGAUGGCAUUGAAAGAUAUUGCUCUUUCUAGUGGAUCGGCUUGUACAUCAGCAUCUUUAGAGCCAUCUUAUGUUCUUAGAGCUAUUGGAGCUGAUGAAGAUUUAGCACAUAGUUCUAUAAGAUUUGGUUUUGGUCGUUUUACAACAGAGGAGGAAGUAGACUAUACAGCUGAAAGAUGCAUUCAGCAUGUGAAAAGAUUGAGAGAAAUGAGUCCCCUGUGGGAAAUGGUUCAAGAAGGAAUAGAUCUUAAAACAAUACAGUGGUCUCAACACUAAUUACCUCAUAUUUCAAAACAGUUAAUUUUACUAUACUGAAGUAUCUUCAAACUUCAUCUGUUGCUUAUGCCUGUUUGCACAGACUUAUUUGAAGCAGGAUUAACAAUAUGGCUUACUUAUUUUUCUGAUUGUUCAUAAUAAACUACUUAUCAUUAUAAUUAUUUUCAUAGCAGUUAAUAUAGCAAUCACUGAAAUAUCACCAUGCUAA